CUUCAAGCACAAUGAGCCGCCAGGGAAAGAGCAUGCCCACUCUGCCUCUGCCCAACCUUUAGACGGCAUCAUGCAUCGCCCGCCAACUUCAACAUCUCAAAUUGACUCCGGCCUCAUGCCAGCCGUGAAGCAUUGGACAGCAUCUCGUCUCGAUAUAUCAAUACACGGACCACCCGUCCACACGCCACCAUCAUGCCGUCCGUCGUCCAGGACAGCCAGUCACCGACGGUCGCCUCCCACGCUGCGCUAACAACCGAGUUCGCAGCAGCCCCGGCCGCUGAGCAGACCUGGGAUGACUUUGAGCACAAUAGCAGUCCUGGUCAGCAACAUUCGAUGCAAUCUGAUACCUCUGACCCGUCGCCAAUGCAAUGGUCUUCGCCAGGUGUACAGACUACAAGUACGCCAGACCAUGCCACACCUGUGGAGAGCGACACCACGCCAGCUGAUUUCGAUGCCGAAACGCUGGAGGAACAAAGAGAAAUCGACGCGGCUCGGGGUCGACUAUAUACCACCAUAAAGUAUCAUCCGGAGGUCAGAUUCUUUCUGGAAAUCGCCCCUACGUGCUCGACGCCCGCGUCCUGCAGGCGCCCUCUCUGUGGCAAAGCGAUCGAAUGUGGCGCAUAUCGAGUCACUCCGCGUUCCAUUUGCGGCUCAGCCACGAUGAAGUUCCGCCUCUAUCACCUUCGCUGUUUCGAGCAGAUUGCAGACUUGGAACAUCCAGAUUUUAUAAAGCUCUUGACGCUGGUCACGAGAAACACAUUCACUCAGAGAAUCGUCAAGGGCACAGACGGCCGCCACUUGCUGGACGUCGGUGCGGAAAGACUUGCCGUUCGCUAGGCGGAGCGCAUGUGGGCACGAUAGUACCGGCAGCAAGGCCUUCAUGUCGUCGAUCUCCCGCAGGACAACUAUGACCUCACCGUCGCGGCAUCAGCGAGAUCCAAGCGCUUGUCAGUGUA